CAGCAGCAGAAGAAGAAGGAAGGGCGAGGAAGAACCGUCGCUGUUGCGCACUAGCUGCUCCACAAAGCAACGAAACAGGACAGUCUGGGAACAGCUGGCUGCCUGCUUGCAUACUUAAUACAAACUACAGAGCACUAUUGCUUCUUUUUAUGUUUUUAUAGUAGCGUGUAGGCAUUAGUAAAGCCCCCUGUUAGUAGAUUGACUUCUUGCUAGCUAGCGUUAGUCGAGUAACCAGCUAAACUAGUUUGCACGUUUAUCGCCAUUUUGCGCAUUCAACAGACUUUCUCCAGCCGCAGCAAGGUGGUGGAUUUAGCAGCAUGGCAGAGGCAGACCGACCAGGGAAGCUCUUCAUCGGUGGACUGAACACCGAGACCACCGAGAAGGCCCUGGAGCAGUACUUCAGCAAAUAUGGCAGGAUUGUGGAAGUUCUUUUGAUGAAAGACCGCGAAACAAACAAAUCAAGAGGCUUCGCUUUUGUUACUUUUGAAAGCCCGUCUGAUGCAAAGGAUGCAGCACGUGAGAUGAAUGGAAAGUCUCUUGAUGGCAAGCCUAUCAAAGUGGAGCAAGCAACAAAGCCUCAGUUUGAGAGUGCUGGCAGACGAGGACCUCCAUCCAUGCACUCCCGCAGUCGUGGUCCACCCAGAGGCCCCCGUGGUUCCAGGGGCGGUCCUGGUAUGAGGGGCCCGCCAUCCAGAGACUACUAUGAUAAUUCAGGGAAUGUAGAACCCUUCUUUAAAGGGAUGUCAUCCAGAGGUCCCCCUCCAAUGAAGAGAGGACCCCCAGUUCGUAACGGAGGUCCCCCACCAAAGAGGUCGGCCCCAUCUGGUCCCAUGAGCGGAAGUAAGUCACCCAUGUCAAGGGACAGGGAUCCCUAUGGUCCACCCCCUGCUCGCAGAGACUCCAUGUCCAGGAGGGAUGAUUAUCCAUCACCAAGAGAUGACAACUACAACUCCAAAGAUAGCUACUCCAGUCGGGAUUAUAAUUCCAGAGAUUCAAGGGACUAUGGAGCUCCUCAAAGAGACUAUUCAUACAGAGAAUUCACCAAUUCCAGUUCCCGAGAUGACUAUGGCUCAAUGUCAAGAGGAUACAGUGACCGCGAUAGCUAUGGUGGAGGCCGGGAACCCAGAAGCUACAUGGAUCGUUCAAGUGGUGGCGGCGGCUCCUACAGAGAUUCAUAUGAUGGUUACGGUAACUCUCGCAGCGCCCCACCUUCACGGGGCCCCCCACCAUCCUAUGGUGGGAGCAGUGGAAGCAGUCGUUACGAUGACUAUGGCAGCAGUUCCCGGGAUGGCUAUGGCAGUCGUGACAGUUACCCCAGCAGUCGGAGUGACACAUACCCACCUAGCCGUGGUGAGCGAAUGGGCAGGCAGGAGAGGGGCCCGGCUCCCACUGUCGAGAGAGGCUACCCUCCUCGUGAUUCGUACAGCAGCUCAAGCCGUGGAGGGCCACGCGGCGGCCGUGGUGGCAAUCGACCUGAUAGAGGGAUGGCUCGCAGCAGAUACUGAACUGGACUUGGAAAUCACACUAAAGCAAACAUUAGUCUCCGUGCACAGUUAACAAGUGUUUGGGAAGAAACCUGACAACAACACAAACUAGCCAUGUCUAAAUCUGUGGAAGCUUAGCGUUGACCUGUAUCUUGACUUUUCCAGUUUUUUUAUGUGUAAAAGUUGUUGUUUUUUUUAGUAUUUCUCUUGCUCAUGUAACAGUACAGUUACCAAGUGAGUGUUAGUUUUUUGUACAUUCAGUGCUGUUGGAAUCUGCAAUGCCCUAUCAGUCUGGCUUUCCUACUCUAAUAAAGCUUUUAGUUGUACCUUGA